CAUGUUGAGAAACGUCAAAAUGAAAGUUUACAUUUUUUCUCACAAUCUGUGGAACACAUUUUAAGCACGUUGAUAUAGUUGAGUGUUGACAAUGAGUGUAAAUACUUUUACUAAAUAUACGAAAUACACCAUUAAAGAGUUGGAAUCAUAUGUUGCUAAUCCGGAGGCAUGCAUACAAAAAAUAGAAUGGAUCGAUUUUGUCGCUGUUCUACCAAAAUAUCUCGGUAAUAUUAGCGAAGGUAUUAGAGCGUGCUUGUCGAAAAAAAUUGGAGCAUAUGACCGGAAGGUUGACGGGAUUAUAUUAUCGUUUAAAAACACUAAGAUAUUGAAUCAACUAUCUGCAAUUCGAUCUAAUAGUGCUCAGGUAUAUGUUAAAGUGAAAACAGAAUUGUACGUUUUUCGACCAACUGCUGGUUCUGUUAUCGGAGGCACAGUUCAGUAUGUUUCCAGUAAUUAUAUCAGUGCAGUCAUAUACCGGGUGUUCAAUGUAACUAUUAAGUUGCAAACGCAAAAGUUGCAGAAUGUUAAACGAGGCAGCGAGAUCAAGUUUGUUGUAAAGUCUUAUGAUAUGAAAAAUGAUCUUCCUUACAUAGAAGGAGAAUUGGUAAGACAACACGAAGAUAUCACUAGCAUGAAAACAGAUAGUUUGGAAAUAGAAAUAGACAAACAUCAGUUGUCCAAUGGUAAUGUGAAAUUAGAAAGCAUUUCUGAAAGCUGUAGUAGUGAUCCAGACACGCUUCAACAACGCGAUACAGCCAACAUAGAAAAAAGUGAAAAUGAUCCAGGUUAUAAAAUGCAAAAAAAUAAGGACUCCAGUAAAAGCAGGAAACGGAAAAAAGAGAUAAAUGACCCUCUUAAGAAUAAUAACCUUCAAUCUGACAUUGACAUGAAUGAAUCAAUAAAUGCCAUUUUAAGAAACUUUGAGAUGGAUAUUCAAAGCACAACAAAUUCCCCUUCUAGUUCUUCUAAGAAGCUAUUUGAAACAAUUAUUCCUGAAGCGAAUAUUUCGACUGAUAAUAGUAAACUAAAAAAAAAGAAACCAAGCCUCAAAAUGGAGCUAUUAGAAGCAGAAAUACUUAGAAAGUAUUCGUCAAGCUAUCAUGAAGAUUCUGCCGGAAAUGUCGAUGAUUCACUAACUCAUGCAGACACGAAAGAUGGACCAAACUCACCAAGAAUAAAAAAGAGGAAGAAAAGCAAAAAUCUACGUACGCAUGGUAAUGAAGAUGAUUUUGAAACAUCAAUUAUGUCUUCGAUCUUGAAAUGUGCUACCGAAGCAGGAGCUAUAGCGUCAAAACUGUCUUUGAAAAAAGAUACAAGAAAAUCGGUUCGAUUUGAUGAUACCAUAACAGAAGCCUCCUUCAGUGCAUUAGAUAGUUCAGAUUUACUGGAUAUCUCACAGUUAAAGUCACCUAGGUUAUCUUCAACUUUGAAUGGUAACGAUUGUAAAUACCAAACGAGUUAAUAAAGUUUUGUUUCGUAAACAAUUAAA